AUGAGGAAAGGAGCAAAGAGGAAGGUUAGACAGAUGGAAAUAGAGGCCAGCCAGAAGCCUGCAGACACUCAGCCAUUGCGAAAGCGGGUCAAGGCAGUCGAGCCCGAGCCCGAGCCCAGCCCCAAACCUGAGUCCCCGGAGGAGCCCCGAAAAAUGGAAGAGCUAUGGAAGGCUGCGUUUCCUAUUGGGACAGGUUGGGACAAAAUGGAGGCUGUGCACAACAAAUUCAAGUGGGAUUUCACCAAUCUGCAACAAGCAUUGGAAGAGGGAGGAAAGCUCCAUCAAGAGAUUAUCGGCAAGGAUAGCAACAAAGUGUAUCUAUUCGGCACAAUCGAAUGCCAUAUCCAUAGAAGCUCUGAAGAAGAAAUUACAGUCCCUGUGGUGGUGGCCAUUGUAUCACCUUCCCGGCCUGCCUAUGAACUGAGCAUCGAACCAUUUGAUAGCCAAGGAAAUGGUGAAGAAACCAGAGUUCCAAUGAAACAGUUGCACAUGGAUUGGGUUCCAUACAUUCCUCCGGACAAGAAGAGAGACGCCCAAGAAGCUGAGAGAGUGAUGAAAUCUGCUCAAGUAUUUGUGUUGGGCAACACUCAGAGUAGGGCUGCUUUGAAACCCUUGAAGGAAGAAGGUUCCAUGAAACUUCAACACUACAUGCCUUACUUGGAUCACAAGGAAGAAGAUCAUUGGUGCUGGGUAGAGCGCGAGAUAGAUGGAGUUGCCAAGACCAUCAUAAAUGAGUUAAAAGACGAUAACGAAUUAUCUCCAGUUGUUAAGGCUGGCUUGAAGGAAUAUGUCCUGGACAAACUAUAUGAAGCAAAGAGAAAGCAUCAACGGGAAUUUAGACAAGCCAUGAGAAGUGUUCGAGCAGCUCCAGAGGCAGAGGAGGAGGGUUUUGAAAAUAUGAGGAUUUAUAAGUUCUACCCCAUGCAAUCUCCAGAAACUCCUGACAUAUCAAAGGCUAAAUAUAAAUUCAUCAAUAAGUAUUGCGGGAAGGCUCAUGAGGUCCUGUGA